UUCCAGAGGUGGCAAGAUGGCCGGCUCGAGGGGCCGGCGAGCCAGGCGGGUUCGCUCUAGAGGCUGACUUCUGAGGUGUUUGGGCCGUGGUCUCUGCUUCUCCUCAGGGUUCCCUCAGCGCUGACAAGAGGGAAGACUUGGAUUUAUUCCCGUGGCCUGUUCUGUGUCCUUUUCUCCUUAUAAUCCCCUACUUGCAAAUGACUCCAUUCCCAAGGCUGACUGACUGACUGACUGUCAGUCUGUCCGCCUGUCCGUCCUGGAACUCUCUGUAGACCAGGCUGACCUCAAACCUAGAGAUCCUCCGGCCUCUGCCUCCUGAGUGGCGCGUGCCAUCACUGCCUAGCAAGACCCUUCUGGGCAGACAGUUGGGCUCUUUGUCCAUCUUCUGAAGGCCCUGAACUCCAGACUCAACUUCUCCUCUCCUUUCCUACCUGGCUUACUUUCAAGAGUCUGUGGCACCCACACCAGAUGAGUGAAAAUUCACUUGUUUGGAGGUGCUGUGAUGAAAUCCAGCCUUGGACAGCACAGACCUUGAUUUCUAGACAGGGCUUUGUUAUGCAACUCAGACUACUGUAGAGCUCAUUAUGUAGCCCGAGGCUACCAAGGCUGCCUUUUUGUUUUGGUUUGGUUUGGUUUGGUUUUUGGAGACUUGGUUUCUUUGCCGAGCCCUCCUGCCUCUGCCUCCUGAGAGCUGGGAUCAAGGCUGUGUGCCACCACCACCCUAUCCAUUGAACUCAGUCUGCCCAACCUACUGAACACCUGCAGUCAUAACCUGGCCUCGACUGAAUUUUUUCCUCUCUGGUACAGGUUGGUCAUGAAGCUCAGAAUUAGAGUCUUUAAAAUUCUAGAAUUAUCUCCUCCAUUCCAUUUUGUUCCAAAUACCCUGGGCUAGUCCAUCUAUCUCUUAGACAUACAACACUAGUUGAAAACUGAUAAUUGGCUGUUAAGUCUCAAAGCAUUCUCCACACAGGCAACAAGAAGGAGCUAAUUUCCAAAAUAUAAUUUUUUUAAAAAAAACUGUACAUGAUUCUGUUUUCAAAAACUUUGUAAACUUCUCUUUCUCUUUAUAAUUAUCUUGCACUUCAAAAACUCAGUCUGAAUUUACACAACCAUUUCACUCAAUGUCCUCCAACUUCAGAAACCUGUUUUUGUUCUUGUUGUUGGUGGUGGUGGUUUUGUUUUGUUUUGUUUUGAGACACAGAUUGUCUGUGUAGCCCUGGCUGUUGCAAUCAGCAGACCAGGCUGACCUAGACCUCAGGGGCCUAUGUGCCUCUGCUUCCUUAUCAUUGGGAUUAAAUGUGUCCAUGAGCACACUUGGCAAAAAACUGAUAUUCUAACAAUGUCAACCUUCAAAAUUAUUAAUUUUGACCCCAAUGUUAUAACAAAAAUAUCCUGAAUGAUACUGGCUGUGGUUAACUUGCUAAUUAUAGAGAUUACCACAAGGAGAAAAUGGAGAAUCUUCAGAUGAAAGAGGCAGCCCUUGUCUAUCUUGACAGAAGUGGAGGCCUCCAGAAGUUUAUGGACGACUGCAAGUACUACAAUGAGUCAAAACAAAGCUAUGCUGUCUAUCGGUUCAAUAUUUUAAUAAACCCCUGUGACAUUGUUGAAUUAGAUGCUGAACUUGGAAAUCACAUUUUACACCAUCCUUUGAAAGCUGCUCAAGUCUUUCAAUCAGUCUGCUUUGUUGCUGUUAAGACUCUCUCACUAAUUGGACAGUUACAGAAGGAAAAUCAAAUCAAUAUUGUGUUGAAGUUAACACAUUUACCAGCCCUGCCAAGCUAUAGUCUUAAUCUUUGUGAGCUUCCACUUAAUUAUGCGUCUCAGAGAUUUUAUAUGAUGCAAGGGAUUGUUAUUGCAAUGACAACUAUAACCAAGUACACGCAAGGUGCAAGGUUCCUGUGUUCAGAUGAAGUAUGUCCUUUUUCAAAAGGAUUUCAGUAUAUAAGAGUCCAUGUGCCUGGUGCUACAGAAUCUGCAACAGUAAGAAAUGACUUUUUAUGCAGUCUCUGUUCAUCUUCACUUCAAGAAGACAGAAAAUUUAGAGUACUUGGUGAUAAACAGAUAGUUGAAAUAAUCACCACAAAAAUGUUUCAUGCUUUUCAAGGAGACUCUAAAAACCAGCCAUUUAGGUUUCAAUCAUUUGGUAUUUUCCUAAGAGAUGAACUAGUGAAUAAGGUGAAAAUAGGAAAUGAAUACAAAAUUAUUGGAAUUCCAGUCUGUGUCAAAACUUCACAAACUGCUCUCUGUGUAGAAGCAAAUAGUGUCACUCCUUACACAGCAACAGUUCCUUCAGGAAUUAGUGACAACUUUAGGUGUCUCCUCUCCUUGACUUCCAACUCGUGCUGGAAAUUCCCAGCAAUACUGGCCAAUAUCUUCGCAUCACAGAUUAUUCCUCCUGGGACGUACAAUUUGCUCAAACUCUGUUUGUUGAUGAGUCUAGUGCAGACAAGAGACUGCAACAGGGAGCGAGGAGACUGCUUGGACAUUUUAGUUAUAGCCAGUGACACUCUGCUUGUAGACAGACUUUUGAAUUUUAGCAUGAAUCUUGUCUCCCGUGGUAUACGUCAUCCUGUCUGUACCGAAGUUUUUCCGACAGUGUCCAGAAAUAAAUAUGGAAUUGGAGCAGUGAGCAUUCAGGCUGGCAGUGCUUUGCUUGCUAAGGGUGGUAUCUGCUUUAUAGGAGACCUGACAUCCCAUAAAAAAGAUAAACUUGAACAACUUCAAUCAGCUUUGGAGAGCAGAAGCACUUCCGUGUUCAUCCCAGGAAAGAAGUUUGGGGAUGACUUCGAUCAGCAAAUAACUUUUCCCAUUCAGUGCAGUUUUUGGUCUUUUGUUGAUAUGGAUUCAUCUUCAAGGAGAAAUGUGCAGAAAACCAGUACUCUGAUUGGUCAGAUGGAUUGCAGUGUGAUUCCAGCCAACCUUGCAGAGGCAUUUGGAUUGUUGAUUAACUGCAGUGAAUCAUCUCCUUGCCACCCACUUCUUCCUACUGUGCAACACACUUUAAAGAAAGCCAUGGAUCCUGAGGGGCUGCUUUAUGUAGCGUCUAAACAGUUCACCACCGAAGACUUUGAAAAGUUACUGGCUUUUGCAAAGAAUUUGAAUAUGGAAUUCAGCUUGGAGGCAGAAAGAAUGAUUCAUGGCUAUUAUCUAGCGAGUCGCAGAAUAAGAACAGAUUCUAUACAUGGAUCAAAGCUGUCAGCAUCUGCAUUAAAAUAUUUAGUUUCUUUAUCUGAAGCUCAUGCUCGACUGAACUUAAGGACUAAAGUGCUCAGAGAAGAUGUAUUAAUUGCAGCCUUAUUGUUUGAAAUCUCUCUCACAUUGAAAUAUGGAGCCACUGCAUUUUGUGUUGCUCCCAAUGCAUUAUUCCCAUUUGAACUGUAUAAUGAAGAAUAUUUAGAGCAAAGAGAUCUCUACCUGACUCAGCGCCAACAGCAGCUCCAACAGUUUAUUGCCACGUGUGGACCUGGGACAGCUGUCUUUUCUAGUGAUGAAUAAGCAAUUUAAGAAUUUCCUUUCACUGGGCGGUGGUGGUGCACACCUUUAAUCCCAGCACUUGGGAGGCAGGUGAAUUUCUGAGGGAGGCCAGCCUGGUCUACAGAGUGAGUUCCAGGACAGCCAGGGCUACACAGAAACCCCCCCCCCCCCAAAAAAAAGGAAUUACCUUUCAUGCCCCCAUAAGCCUUGGUAAAUGUGUGAUUUUGGAGUAAUGGUUCAGAUAUGUAUCAUCUCAAGGUUAUUUGUUCGAAUGCCAUUUAUAGUAAGAACUGUGGCCCCUUCAUAAUUACAAAUAUGCAAAUAAUCCAAGAACAGAAGUUUUACCAAGGAAUUUCACAUCAAAAACUUCCUGGUUACUCUAGCAUAUUUAUCAUGGACACACACACACACACACAGUAGUGAACAUUGUAGUGUGAAAAAGGUUUUGUACCUACCAGCAUACCCAGUUUAAGCCUGUUAAUUUACCAGUGAUGAGUUCAAAUCACUGCAACUUAAUGACCCAUAUAUAAGGCUUUUCUUUAUGUAACAGGUAUAUUAUGGGUAUAUUGCUUUAAAUAAGGAAAGCUGUGGAAAAUUUAUAUAUAUCUCAAGAUAUAUACAACCAAACGACACUAAAGACAACUAUUUAGGUUGGGCAGUGGUGGCACAUGCUUUUAAUCACAGCACUUGGGAGGCAGAGGCCAGCCUGGUCUACAGAGUUCUUAGACAGCUAGGGCUACACAGAGAAACCCUGUCUCAAAAACAAACAAACAAAAAAAACAACAAAAAACAAACACCACUUGAUCUGAAUAGCAAAUUAAUGAUAUACUACAUACAAAUUAUAACCUGUUUUGUGCCUCUUCAUAUGAUGUGGUUAAAUCUAAGUCUCUAGGGUAAAAACCAAUUCUUACUUAAAAAAAAAAAAAAAAAAAAGGCUAACACACCUGGAAAGUCUACCAUUGGGAAUUUCCAACCCCGGGCAUCAAAUCCAGAGCUUUGUACCUUGCCAGUUAACCACUUCCCUAGCCUUACAAAGGUCCAGGUCAUCAGAAUGUGCUAAAUUUUUAAGCUACUUAGUAAACUUCGGGAUAAGUGGUUAAAGAUUUAGCCAAGAUUUUACUGAGGAAAUCCUGUUUUAGGGUCGUCAAGUGAUCCUAAACCGAUUGCCUAGUCAUUUUCUUUCCUACAGUGCACUGCUGGAUACUGUACUAGCCAACCAUCAGGACUGAUGAAAGAUGAGAAGUUUAUUUUACUAUGAAUGACAUUUUAAAGACAUGAAUUUUAAAGAAAAAAAAAUACUACCCACAGCAAUUAACUGUUUAUUUCUACAUAACAUUUAUUAAUACCAAAUUAAAUACUAAUUUUCAC